GGCAGUGAUCUGCCAGCUCUGAUGUAAGAUGAGUGACACCUCCUGCGUGGGGGCUGUUGAUCUUCUCUAAUUGCUGCUGCGUCAGCAGUCACAUUAGGCUGUCUGAGAUGACGGGAUGAUUCUUUGUAAUCCCUGCAAAUUCCCCCCUCAUCUGAGUCCUUUGCGUUCAUGGUUUGGAUUUACCGACCUUCUGUGAAGAGCUUUCAGGGGAUAAAAGUGGCAUUAAUUGUUGAGGGUUCCAGACCUCAGUGAAGGCAUCACCUGCCUAUGAUCUCUAAGAAUCCAGUUUAGCAAGAGCCGUACUGUUCAGAGCUGUUAGACUGUCUGCUGGCACUCAAGAUUACAGAUUGUCAAGGGGCUCACUGGUAGGAGGUUAUGCAUUAGAGGAAAACUAGAAGAGAGAGUUAUUCCGGAAUACAGAUUUCUUCCAAACUCUUCUGAAUCGUGCUGAAAUGGAGGGACCCGCCUCAGUGAUGUGCCUGAGAACUUGCUAUAUAAAAGACUGUAAACCACUCCGUUUUGCUGAAAAUCCAUCUGAGCUGGGACAAGCCAAUCUCUCCAGGAACUACAGUUGCUCUCAUAGGACAAUGAAACAAAGGCGGUCAAACAGUAUUACCAUGUGCACCUUGCCCAUCAUCCCAGAAUAUCCAGGCUUUCAGGACAUUAAGUUAUCAAGGAAUUAUUCAGAAACUCCAGCCUUCAACCGACUUUUCCAGGAUUUGGAAAGAGGAAAGAGUUCCUCAUCGCAGUUGAAUAAUUUUCCCAACAGAGCUUCUUUAGUCCAUUGUCUGGAGGGCUCUUCAAGAGGCUACUUGAAAGGCCACCCAACAACCAGCAGUGGCUUCCAUGAUAAACCAUUGCAAGAGUAUUUCAAUGAGAGGCUAAUGGAGCUCAGGAACUAUGGAAGUAAGAGGUCUAAUAGGAAGACAAAUGGGUUUGCUGAUAAGAACCAGAACCCCUUCCUCACCCGCAGAGCAUCUCGGCGCAGAAGCAGUUGCAGUGCUGUGGUAAUGCUUGGGCAUGGCAAGGAGGGCGGAGAGCCCUGCAGCUCAGCACAUCAAGACAACAAAAAAGCGAUCGAGUGUAACGAUCAAGAGGAAACCCAGGACGUCCUGGACCUCUACAAGGGUGACUCCUUGGACAUUUUGACAAUGCACAUUGCUGCUCCCCUAGAAGCAUUUGUGCAAGAAAAAUGAUACUGGAGCUGGUGACAACUUUUCAUGCGGUCCUGAAAACCAGGAAGAAUUGUUCCUGUUCAGCACCAUUCUGACUUACGUAGUUUAUGUAUGUCAGUCCACUCUGACACAGAAAUGUGCUUGUUUGUGGGAGAAAACAGUCUCUCAUUUUGUGUUCUUGAUUAACAUUGCAUAUAUUUAUUUUCAUUUAUUUUUCUCAAAAAAUCAGUAUAAUUGAAACGCAGUUGUUACUUAUUAUAUACAGUGAGCAGUGCUCUAAAUACAUGCAAUUAUUUGAAUUCUUAAAUUGCCUUAAAAAAAGGUGAUUAGUGUCAGAGGACCAGCUUGGUUUCCUACCGUGCAGUUUGUAUUAGCUAAUCUGGAGAAAGACUGUUGUAUUCUGCCUAGGUACUUUGCUUGUUUUAAGCCUCAUCACUUUGGCCCAACUCAUUUAUGGUGAUGUUUUCAACAGAUGCAAAUAGUUGAUAAGAAAUGACUGAUUUUCUCUUGUUGCCACAUGUAAUCACCAGGUGGAUCUUUGUGUUUGAUACAUGAAGAAGCAAACACAGACGUAGGUUUUACUUUCAAAUGUGAUUGGCCAUUAUGGUUUCAUUGGCAGAUUCACAAACCUUUGACUUAAAAGCACUAGAAAGGCAAAGAGGAAAAAAUGCUAGAUUUCAGUUAGAAUGAUGGAAUUGUGUGAAAGAAGGCUCCUUCCCGCUUUCCUACUGUAAAUAUGAGAACAACAUAGCAAAUUCCUAAUGUAAUCUGAACUUCAAAUUGUUUAUUGUAUUUUAGUGUUUCUCAUGGUCAUCUAAGUAUACAAUCAGUUGCAGAUGAAUCAUUUUAUUAUGUGAAAUGUCAAUGUUUAGUUCCACAGUACACUGACUGAAUAUCAGACCAAAAGCAGGGCUCAAGCUUCCAGAAAGAACUCCUACUGCCUGUGGUAGCACCAGCAAUAAAUUCCUCAUUACAGUGUUGGUUUGAGUUGAUGUUUCUCUCUUUCCCUUCAGACUUGUUUUCAUGUGAGUUAACAAGUAAGCCAUGCCCCUGGCUAGACUUCAUCCCUUCCAGUGCUGGCG